AUGAACAGCGUGCCCUCCACUGGCCUGACUGGCAUGCUGAGGGCUCGAGGUUCUGCCGCCGAGGGAAAGCUCAGGGUCGAUUCUUACGAUGUGACGGUGGAUGAGGAGCUGGGCGAGAUCCAGCUGAUCAAAAUCGAGAAGCGCAAGUACUGGCUGCAUGAUGACUGGUACCUGAAGUACGUCACGCUGAAGACGCCCUCCGGGGACUACAUCGAGUUCCCCUGCUACCGCUGGCUCACCGGGGACGGCGAGGUGGUGCUCAGAGACGGGCGAGCAAAGCUGUCCCGCGAUGACCAAGUUCACAUUCUCAAGCAGCACAGACGCCAAGAACUGGAUACACGGCAGAAACAGUACAGGUGGAUGGAAUGGAACCCUGGGUUCCCCUUGAGUAUCGACGCCAAGUGCCACAAGGAUUUGCCUCGCGACAUCCAGUUUGAUAGUGAGAAAGGCGUGGACUUUGUUCUGAACUACUCAAAAGCGAUGGAGAACCUUUUCAUCAACCGCUUCAUGCACAUGUUCCAGUCGUCCUGGAGUGACUUCGCCGACUUCGAAAAAAUCUUCGUCAAGAUCAGCAACACUAUUUCUGAGCGGGUCAUGAAUCACUGGCAGGAAGACGUCAUGUUCGGCUACCAGUUCCUGAACGGCUGCAACCCCGUGUUGAUCCAGCGCUGCACCAAGUUGCCUGAGAAGCUACCAGUGACCACGGAGAUGGUGGAGUGCAGCCUGGAGCGGCAGCUCACCUUGGAGCAGGAGGUCGAGCAAGGGAACAUCUUCAUCGUGGACUUUGAGCUGCUGGACGGCAUCGAUGCCAACAAAACAGACCCCUGCACGCUGCAGUUCCUGGCCGCCCCCAUCUGCUUGCUGUACAAGAACCUGGUCAACAAGAUGGUCCCCAUCGCCAUCCAGCUCAACCAAGUCCCAGGAGACGAAAACCCCAUUUUCCUUCCUUCGGAUGAAAAAUACGACUGGCUUCUGGCCAAAAUCUGGGUGCGCUCCAGUGACUUCCACAUCCACCAGACCAUCACCCACCUCCUGCGCACACACCUGGUGUCCGAGGUGUUUGGCAUCGCCAUGUACCGCCAGCUGCCUGCUGUGCACCCCAUUUUUAAGCUCCUGGUGGCACACGUGCGGUUCACCAUCGCCAUCAACACCAAGGCCCGGGAGCAGCUCAUCUGCCAGUACGGCCUCUUUGACAAGGCCAAUGCCACAGGGGGCGGUGGGCACGUGCAGAUGGUGCAGAAGGCCAUGCAGAACCUGACCUACACCUCCCUGUGCUUUCCUGAGGCCAUCAAGGCCCGGGGCAUGGACAGCACGAAGGACAUUCCCUACUACUUCUACCGGGAUGACGGGCUCCUGGUGUGGGAAGCCAUCAGGGCGUUCACGGCCGACGUGGUGGGCAUCUACUACGAGAGCGACCAGGUGGUGGAGGAGGACCAGGAGCUGCAGGACUUCGUGAAGGACGUGUAUGUGUACGGCAUGCGGGGCAGGAAGGCCUCAGGUUUCCCCAAGUCCAUCAAGACCAGGGAGAAGCUGUCGGAGUACCUGACGGUGGUGAUCUUCACGGCCUCAGCCCAGCACGCAGCAGUGAACUUCGGCCAGUAUGACUGGUGCUCCUGGAUCCCCAAUGCCCCCCCAACCAUGCGGGCCCCGCCGCCCACGGCGAAGGGGGUGGUCACCAUUGAGCAGAUCGUGGACACACUGCCAGACCGAGGCCGCUCCUGCUGGCACCUGGGUGCCGUGUGGGCGCUGAGCCAGUUCCAGGAAAAUGAGCUGUUCCUGGGCAUGUACCCGGAGGAGCAUUUCACUGAGAAACCCGUGAAGGAGGCCAUGGCCCGAUUCCGCAAGAACCUCGACGCCAUCGUCACCGUGAUCGCUGAGCGCAACAAGAACAAGAAGCUGCCCUAUUACUACUUGUCUCCAGACCGGAUUCCCAACAGCGUUGCGAUCUGAGCGUCUCACUCCAGGUGGACUUUUCAUCAGAAGACAAUGGAACAUUGGGCCAGAAGACAAUGGAACAGCUUUCUUUUUAAAGCAUUAAAAGAAAAUAAAUCACCCACACAGAAUUCUGUAACCAGCAAAAAAUAUCCUUCAAAUAUGGAAAUAAAAUAAAGUUUCAGGUAAAUAAAACUAAGAGAAUCUGUGGCCAGCAGAUCUCUAUUACAA